GCCGGGGGCGGGGGCUGUGGAGAGGCGCGGCGGAGGCGGCGGCGGUGGACGCGCGUCGGUGCGGCCUGCUCCGAGCUAUGUCCGUGUGAGAACGCUGCAGCGGCCACCCCCUGCUCUCCGGCCGGCCAGCAGAAGCCCGCACCAUGGGCUCCAUCCUGAGUCGCCGCAUCGCGGGCGUGGAGGACAUCGACAUUCAGGCCAACUCGGCCUAUCGCUAUCCCCCGAAGUCCGCAGGAAACUACUUUGCUUCACACUUUUUCAUGGGAGGAGAGAAAUUUGACACCCCCCAUCCUGAAGGCUACCUCUUUGGAGAGAACAUGGAUCUGAACUUCCUGGGCAGUCGUCCAGUCCAGUUUCCCUAUGUCACCCCUGCCCCCCAUGAGCCAGUAAAGACACUGAGGAGCCUGGUAAACAUCCGCAAAGACUCCCUCCGGCUUGUGAGGUACAAAGACGAUGCCGACAGCCCCACAGAGGAUGGUGAGAAGCCCCGUGUGCUCUACAGUCUGGAAUUCACCUUUGAUGCCGAUGCCCGAGUUGCUAUCACCAUUUAUUGCCAGGCAGUGGAGGAGUUCUUAAACGGCAUGGCAGUGUACAGCUGUAAGAACCCUUCUCUGCAGUCUGAGACCGUCCACUACAAGAGAGGCGUUAGCCAGCAGUUCUCCCUGCCUUCUUUCAAGAUUGACUUCUCCGAGUGGAAGGAUGAUGAGCUGAACUUUGACUUGGACCGAGGUGUGUUUCCAGUAGUCAUCCAGGCAGUGGUGGAUGAAGGAGAUGUUGUAGAAGUGGCUGGCCAUGCUCAUGUACUCUUGGCUGCCUUUGAGAAGCAUGUGGAUGGCAGCUUCUCCGUGAAGCCAUUAAAGCAGAAACAAAUUGUGGACCGGGUCAGCUACUUGCUGCAGGAGAUCUACGGCAUCGAGAACAAGAACAACCAGGAAACCAAGCCUUCCGAUGAUGAGAACAGUGACAACAGCAGUGAGUGUGUGGUGUGCCUGUCAGACCUGCGGGACACGCUGAUCUUGCCCUGCCGCCACCUGUGCCUCUGCACUUCCUGUGCUGACACGCUGCGGUACCAAGCCAACAACUGCCCCAUCUGCCGACUGCCAUUCCGAGCUCUCCUGCAGAUUCGGGCUGUGCGGAAGAAGCCAGGGGCCCUGUCUCCCAUCUCCUUCAGCCCUGUCUUGGCUCAAAGUGUGGACCAUGAUGAGCACUCUUGUCCCUUUAAAAAAUCAAAGUCGCACCCUGCCUCCCUGGCCAGCAAGAAACCUAAAAGGGAAACAAGUUCUGACAGUGUUCCACCUGGCUAUGAGCCCAUCUCCUUGCUUGAAGCACUCAAUGGUCUACGAGCUGUCUCCCCGGCUGUCCCAUCAGCCCCCCUCUAUGAAGAAAUCACCUACUCAGGCAUCUCAGACGGUCUUUCCCAGGCCAGCUGUCCUCUCGCUGGACUCGAUCGAAUCAUAGAAAGUGGCCUACAGAAGGGCAAGCCACAAAGCAAGUCUCCAGACAGCACCCUGCGGUCUCCAUCAUCCCCCAUCCAUGAGGAGGAUGAGGAGAAACUCUCGGAGGACUCUGACACUCCUCUCCCACCAAGCGGUGUGGAGCUGGCGCUUCGGGAAAGCAGCUCCCCUGAGAGUUUUGGAACAGAAGAGGUGGAUGAGCCUGUCAUAAAGCAAGGGAGCCGAGUACCCUCUAUUGAUGAUGUCCUGCAGGAUGGCAGUCCACAGCACCAUGGUUGCAGCCAGCCAGUCCCUCCUGCUGACAUCUACCUACCAGGAUGGUCCACCUCCAUGGAGACGCCACACAGCCUUGGCACCACCAGUGCCCCCUGGCCUCUGCUGAGUGGCUCUAGUCCUGAGCCUGGAGCUACUGAGCUGACCCCACUCUGAGAGCCUGGCUCAGCUGGCAGCACAGAGCCCUCGACAUACCAAACAUUGCCAGGAGGCUUCCCUGGACCCCAGCAAAACCCUGGCCUCUCCUGUCUGCACGCCUCAUGUGCCCACUGGGCUUUGAGGGGCCACAGUGAACCUUGAUCAUAUUGCACAGUGGGUUGUUCCUCCACACCUUUUCUAUGGUCGAUAUAUUUGUAAAUGGUACAAGAUGAAGGACAGCAGCUUUUUCCAUGGGCCAUACACCCUAGAGGGGUUCUCCCCAACUGUCAAGGUUGAUUCUUUGAGCACUUAGCAAACCAGCAGAAGAGAAUCAACCCGUGGAGUGAAGUGUCAUCCUCACAAAUGUUCUGGAAGGUGGGAAACCCAGAUUAUGGUUGAUGAAGGAAGCAGUACGUGUCUGCCUGUCCCAUGUGUGUUCCCCAAGGCAGCCACACUGUCACUGCUGCUUUCACUUUAUUGUCCUGACCAUCGGUGACCGUUCUUGGAACCUCCAGGUCCCCUCCUACUCUUCUCUCACUACCAGUGACCUCUGGCAGCUGGGGCAGCUAUGGGCAAGGCCUGGGUAGUCAAGACUGUGUUAACACCACAGCCAUUUGCAGUAGUUGGUAUCCAGAACCCCUUACAGGUCCUGCUUCACUCACUUCCUCACAUGCCUCCAAAAUGAAGAUGUUCCUGAUUGCAGGGUAGCACUGCUCAACACCUGCCAGGGAAGAGCCUGAGUAGCUUUUCUUAGCAGAUCCAUUGCCAGUUAAAUGUUCUUUUGUGUUCCUUACUGUCUAAGGCUCCUAUCAGAGCCCACUUAGGAGCAGGGUCUAGUGCUACUUUGUUUCUAAGGCGUGGGUAGCCCCAGGGCAGAGGUGCCCCAGGCAGUGCAGCUCCCCCGGUGGUUAGGUACAGGGGCCUCAGCCCAGGGAGCUGCCCUGCUCUCACCCAGGUGACAGCCUGUAGCAAUGCAUGGAGCACCCCUUAGGCUCAGGGUUGCUUGAGCUCUGGCUCUGCCUCUGUUCCUUCCUAGCAGUGGCUAGCCUGGUCUCUGGUAAAGCUGUGAGCAGUGCUCUGUCUGCACCCAUCUGCUCUGUCCUGCUGAGUGCACAUUUGUGCACACAGUCAGCAUGUGCAUGCCCACCCCUCACUUCUCACCUGCCAACACCCUGGCCUCUGGCCAUGAGACUGGUUCCAGUACUUCGAAAGGUGGAUGAGAUACAGACUGCACAGUCACCUGUCUCAGAUUCACAUGUGCUAUCAUUUGAUGUACUCUGAUUGGCUAGUUUUGGGUUCAUUUUUACUGUAUAUUUAUAGUAAUAAAAUCAUGCAGCAAUA